AUGCAAUUCUCAAGCAUUGCCAGUUUUGUCAGCAUUUUACUGGCCUUUUCAGUUGACACCCUAUCGGCCUCGUCAUCAGUUUCCAGGCUUGAACGCCGAGACAAGACCCAUGCCCCCUAUACCCAUGUCUAUACGAUGAAGCGCUCCAUGGACUAUUCCAAGGGCCCACUCCCGAUCUAUUCCUCGGACGGGACUAUUGCAUUCUUGUUUAUGAAGUCUGCGGAGCCCGCUCGGUUUCGUAAUGUGAUUGAUGGUCAUCGAGGGCACAGUCAAUCCGUCGUCAUGACUAACACUUCGGUGCCCCUUCUUACGCUUUCUUCGACAAACGAUUUUUGUUAUGCAGACACAUUAUACAAAGAGCAGCACCCCACACCCGCAGAGGUCAACAUAAAACUACACACCAACGGUGCAUUCAAAGAUGAUUGGAGAGUUAACUUCCGCAGCGCCACGGGGGUUAGACAAAGCUUCAAGUUUGACCGAGAUUAUUGGGAUAAAGAGGGCAAAAUUUACAACAGCCAAACCCACCAGUUGGUAGGCAAGCUCUCAAACGAAAAGCGCAGGGAUCCAUGGAUGACUGACGGUCACGGAAGCGUCAAAGCCUACACCCUUUCAUGCACUCCCGAUGCCCCACAGCUCGAAUUGGUCGCCUUGAUGGGCUUGGUCUUGCACCGAGUUGCUAAAUGUUCACUUUGA